AUGAAGGGCAAAAAGCAUAAAAAAGAUACAAGAAAAACUGUAGACUCCUUUGAUAACCGGGAAGACAUUAUUUUUAAGGAAAAUGGUUCUUUGCAUAAAACCAAAAGCCAUCGAUAUAAUUUCGGUAAUAGUGAAUACAAGAAGAAGAAAAAGAAGGAUAGAAAAGGGGAGUCCUUAAAAAAGGGAGUCGCUUCUAAAAAAGAGGAAAGACUCAAGACACAGCAGGACGGCCUGAUCAACUCCCAACCUAAUAAAAAAACUUUUAAACCACUGGAAAGUCAAAUUAAUAGGGAAAAAAAGCUCCGGUGUGGGGGAGCUGAGAAGGAUUUAGAAAACUUAAAAAAUUUGGGACCCUCAGAGCCACUACUUAUGUCUUCCAAAAAGGUUAAACGAAAAAAAAACUUACUUGGCAAAAAAAAAAGAAAAAAGAGCUGUAUUGAACCGAUAACCGAUUUAAAAGGUCUACAAACCAACUUUACUCCCUUAGCUACAGAAAAUGCGGGUGAAAAUAAGACAGUAUCUAAUAUUAAAAAGUAUCUGGUAGCCCCUCGCCAUAUUGGCGCUAAAGAUAGCGGAAUUAUAUUUGCAGAACUCCCAUUUUCUUGGACAAAAAAUUUAAAAGCUUCUUUAAGAGAAGCCGGAGUUGAGUGGAACACUGGGAAGUUUACUUGGCGUGAAGAUGGUUUAAUACGUAAUAACGUGAAAACAUACUCUGAUAUCCACGGCUCAAAAGAUUUAGAAUCGUUAAUAGAAAGUAAAUUUUCUGUAGAAACGGCCGAUUUUUGGCGUUUUGUUGCUACCGGUGUUUUGAGGCCACUUAGAUCCGUUAUAGCGAGGACAAAGAGACUAUACAAUACUAAGCUAAAAAGAGCUUUUACUCCCGAAGAAGAUCAGAUAAUACUUGAAUAUUUAAAAAGGGGGAGUAAGCAACGACCACUUCUUGAGCUAGCAGCCAAAUUGGACAGGACAGCUGACCGCAUCGGUAGUCGUUAUAAGCAACUUCUCUGGCAAAAAGAAUAUACUGGAAAAGGCUACUGGUCUCAGGAGGAGCAACAAAGACUUGUCGAGGCCAUCAAAGAGAUCAUGGGCUGCACAGAGGAGGAACUAAAGCAUGUGUGGUUUGGUGUUCCAUGGGUUGAAGUAGCUAAGAGGGUAGGCACUAGGAAUCCUCCAAGUUGUCAAGUGAGAUGGAGAAACACACUAAAGUAUGGGUCUAACAGAGGAAAAAUGGGAAGAUUCUGGAAAAUCUCUAACUAUCAAGCCCUCUGCAAAAAACUUAUGGAAAAAGGCUUUGCUGAUGAGUCUGAAAUCACGUGGUCUGUAUUAGCUGCUGAGUUUGGCUUCUGUCCGGGGGUCCUGCAAUACCAUUUCGAUCUGCUUAAGCACAUGUUGCCCCUAAACAUGCCAGCUGAAAAAUCGUUUAAGGAGUGCUUGCAGUACAUGCUCGACCACACCUCAUAUUCAAAGCUAAUUGAGUGCAGACAUCGCAGGCAGAACUGAUAAGCUG